UCUAUCUUUACUGUCAUCGCUGUUAUGUGCAACUGGUACACUCCCUUGCACCAAGAUGCUCGAUCCUGUGCUCAAUGGUUUGACAUAAUGACCAGUGUCGGUAGUUAUACAUUGGCGCAAAUAAAGAUGCCGAAUGUUGGGAUUGAAAUUGCCUAUGAUCUAGGUGUCAUGGCUGGCACCUCAGGAAGAAUUGUUAGGCAUGGGGUGAACUGGGUGAAUGGCGAUUGA